CAACCUUUGCCACUGCCCGGCGUAUUCCCAUCUCCGCCCGGGCGCCAUGGAUCCGGAUGAGGAGAUCGAAUUCGAUCUCUCCCCGUUCCCCAUCGUGUACAAGAGCGGCCGCGUCCAACGCUCUGGUCUAACGUCGCGGAAGAGCGCCGGCACCGACGCCACCACCGGUGUCGCCUCCAAGGACGUUGUCAUCGACGCCGGCACAGGCCUCGACGCGCGGCUCUUUCUCCCCAAGAGCGUCCAGGAGUCCCAGAAGCUCCCCGUCCUCGUCUACUUCCACGGCGGCGCUUACAUCGCUGAGUCUGCCUUCUCCCUCAGGUACACCAGCUACGUCAACGCCCUUGUCGCCGCCGCCCGCGUCGUGGCCGUGUCGGUGGAGUACCGCCUCGCCCCCGAGCACCCGCUCCCCGCCGCCUACGACGACGCGUGGGCCGCACUCCGCUGGACAGCGACGAGCUGCGUUUCGGCGGGCCCGGAGACGGAGCCGUGGCUGGCCGACCACGGCGACCCCACGCGCAUCUUCGUCGCCGGCAACAGCAGCGGCGGCAACAUGGCGCACAACGUGGUGAUGAGGGCCGGAAAGGAAGGGCUCCGGGGAGGCGCGCGGGUCGAAGGGAUGGUGCUGCUUCACCCGCUGUUCUUGGGCAAGGCUCCGGUGCCGUCGGAAGGCACGGACACCACGGAGACCGCCGAGAGGAACUGGCGGUUCGUCUGCGCGGGAAAGUACGGGCUCGACCACCCGUUCUCCAACCCGCUCGUGAUGCCGCCGGAGGAGUGGGCGGUGCUCGGCUGCCGACGGGCGCUGGUGACUGUUAGACUAUUGACGGCGACCGAACUCGACCGCUCCAGAGACAGGGCGCGCAUGUACGUCGAGGCGCUCCGCGGCAGCGCGUGGGGCGGCGAGGAGGCCGUGCUGUACGAGACGAAGGGCGAGGAGCAUAUGUAUUAUUUCUCCAAAGACGCGAGAUCCAACUCCGUCGUGGCAGCGAAGGCGGCGAAGGAAAUGGCCAUUGUUGUGUCCUUCAUCAAGCGUGUUACAUGUACCAGUCCAUCGGAUUGUAACAUUAGAUCUACGUUGUGA